AUGGUAGGGAUUUACCCCCUUUUCGAAACAAUUUAUAAAGUUUUACCUGCGCAGUAUCGAGUUGGCGCGUUGAUAGUCCUGCCGAUCUGGAAAUUCGGGGCGAAGCAUCUCGUGAUGCGAGUCACACACGAGCUGGAGGACUUCAUCCCCGAAAUGGUGGCCUUUACAGUUGACUUCUUCAGUGCACUCUUUGUCUCUGUGUGCAUCUCUUCAGGCGGAUCCAUUUACCUGUCUGUGCUGUUUAUCGCAGGCGAUGUGGGUCAAAUAUUGCUCGAGUUCCAAGAAGUGCGCACCAACGCAAAGGCUGUGCUGAAGCUGAUCCGAUUAAAAGUGGUCCCUAAUUUCCAGCACAAAAGUGAAAUCAUCAAGAAAUCAAGUACGGACAACAAUUUGGUAGCAAUGCUGCUUGCUGUGACCCGUAACCCUGAGGCAUUCCACGUGGAAUUGAUGAAAGACGUGCGGCUUUGGGCCUGCCUGCCACAUCCGUUGACGGAGGAAAGAGUAAAGAAACUCAAGUUGUUAAAAGUGGCGGGGGCCUACGUCGACAAAAAAAUAAUAUCUAGACGGAGAACAAGUCGAUUCCGGCAAUAUCGGCAAUGGUUUGCCCCUCGAGUUGUGCAAACAGUGUCCGUUGUGCCACAACCGACUCCUUUUGACUCGAUGAAAAUGCAGGACCCAGCAGUGCAAAAUGCUCUUGCAGAACCGUCACAGGCUUUCGUUCGCCAAGGGCUGCAGCUCCUAUUCCACUGUGAAUAUCUGCUGCUAGUUGAAUACGUCGAGUGCAUUGUGCCUGUGAUAUUCGCGGUGUACAAGUCAGUUCUCGAGUACUUACCGAACAUUGUAUACUACCCUGGCGGGGCGGGUAACUGGGGUCACUCGGCGCUGAUAAAUAUUUUCGUCUUCACCUCGUUGGAGGUUUCCUCACUACUGCUGCUUCAUCGAUUCUUACAGCGCAACUUCGCACUCUCCUCGCUCUACCAACUGGCGUUUGUGUUAGAGGCACAAAUGUACCCGAUCCAGGCGACCAUUUUCCUGGAAAUUGUCAACUUGCUGCAGUACAAGCUCGAGCAUCUCGGUAAGAAUUUGUGCGUGACGUGUUCAAUGCACAACUCAUAA